UAAAAAAUGGCGACUUAUGUGAAAUUAAUUAAGGGUACCUUCAAUUAUAUGUGGAGACAUUUUGUUCGUGUAAAAGAACAAUUUUGUAUCACUUACCUGCCCGAGGAAGUUUUUGCUAUUAAUUACUAUGAAACACCAUCACAAAUUCAAAAUAAUAGGAAUAGUUCUUCGAAUGCUUCUGUUUUUGAGGAUAUAUUUGGAAACGGAUUUUUAUGGGCAGUUCCUCGUAGUCGUCGAUCCAUUGAAAAAAGACUUACCAGAAAGAUGGGUCAGAAUAAAAUGCUUGUUCCAAAGAAGAAUAUUUUGAUUUGCAAUGAGUGUGGGCAUUUUCAUGAGGCACAUACUAUAUGUGGAAAUUGUUAUGAAAAAGUGAAACAAGAGACGCAGUUAUUGCAGGAAGAAAUCCAAAAAGAGCUUAGUUUGGAACCAGUGGAGAAGGAAGUAGUCAUUGUUUACCAAAAAGAACCAAAAGAUUACUUGAAAGUACAAGGAAAAAGAAUUGUUGAAAUCCCACGUGAACGGCCUUCUUGGUUUAGCAAGAAUAUUUUGGAAAAAACUUACAGUACAAAUAAAGCCAAGCAUUAGAAAUAAAUUUACAUUUGUCAGAACUGUAUGUCCAUUAAUAAGGUAUAUGUUUGUUUUUCAUUAAGAAAUGUCUUUUUUUUUAUGCUUUCUUGAUAUGUAAUUUUGAAGAAAACUAGUGUGUAGUUUUCACCGUUGUUAACUUUGAAAGAAGAACGUACCUCAUACUUUUAAACCUUAUUUGUAGGACAUUUAAGUUGUUAUUGGAAUAGAAUUAAAACACAAUGAUCAUAUUUUAAA